AUGCGUAAACUCAUAGAAGCAAACAAUGGCAAUGUUUGUUUCAUUCAAGUGGGAAGUUUCUAUGAACUUUAUUUCGAACAGGCUGAAACGUAUGGGCCUAAGUUGGGCUUAAAGGUCGCUACAAGGAAAACUUCCAAAUUUGCAAUCCCUAUGGCUGGCUUCCCCGUUCAUCAACUUCAAAAGUUUGUCAAAUUGGUUGUUCAUGAUCUUGGAGUCAAUGUAGCUAUUAUCGAUCAGUUUCCAGAUGAAUUCAAUCAAGGAUCAAUAAUCCAUCGAAGAGUUUCAAGAAUCGUGUCUCCAGGGACAUUAGUGGACGAAUCGUUUCUAAACUUUAAUAAGAAUAAUUUCUUGUUGGCCAUAUACCUUCCUCCCAAUUGUCAUAAGUCAUUUGCUGAUCCAGACAUGGAAAUUGGUCUUCUGUGGUUGGACUUAUCUUUAGGUGAAUUUUUCAUUCAAACGUCGACUCUUCGUGACUUAGUGUCUGAUAUUUCAAGAAUUAUGCCCAGUGAAAUUAUUAUAUCCGACUCAUUUCGAUCUGCCGAUCUUAUAAAUGGAGUUUGGUAUCAACCACUUCAGGAACUUCGGAAAUAUUUCAUUCGUUACCAUUCCACAGUUUAUUCUGAUCUUCACCAUUUGUUUAGGGCUCCACCCAGAAAGAUCCAAAAAUCUCUUGAAGGUAUGGGUGUUAAAGAGAAAGCAGCCAUGAAUAUGACAUUGUCAUACGUCCAUAUCAACUUACCUAACUCUAAACCAUCACUUGAACUCCCACAAAAGUUUUGGAAUGAAAAGACCUUGCAAAUGGAUCUGAGAACUAGAGAGGCCUUAGAAUUAACUGAAAGAGUAACAAAUGGCAAUAGAUCUGUUGCUGGAACUCUUCUUAGUAUUAUCCGAAGAACAGUUACUCCAUCAGGUACCAGGUUACUAACACGUUGGAUUACAUCCCCCAUCUUACUGAUUGAUGAAUUGGUGAAUCGAUUAGACUUUGUUUCGUUCUUCAAAGAUAACCAAACUUUCGCUGCAGCUAUUCGAAGCAAACUUUCUGAACUUGGUGAUUAUGUUCGAAGCAUACAAAGGCUUCUGAUAGGCAAGACAGGCCAAAUAGAAAGCAUGUAUUUUAUAACUGAUAGUUUGAAAAAGCUUGGAGAACUCAAAGAAUUGAUAACUGUGGAAGUUAAAUUGAACCCCGAUGCCGCAGUAUUGGUUCCUCUUUUAUCAACCCUUGAUGUUCCAUUGCAUCUAGUGGAAAAGGUAGAAGGCACUUUAAUGAGGGUAGUUAAUGGUGACAAUGAUUUCCGGGACAACGAAGUCUCCACUGAAGAGGAAAUAUAUGGGAGUUCUGGAUCUUACAGCAACCAUUUGGUUGAAAAGUAUCGUCAAAAGAUCCCCUCAAAUUCGCCAAUCAAUGAAAACCUGUUCCAUGUUCGUCCUGAUUAUAAUCAAAAUCUUGCAGAUUGUCAUAAAGAAUUGAACAAAGUUCUACUUAAAGAAAGUAAAAUAAUAAAGGACAUUGAAAAGAAGCUCGAGGCUAAUAAUGUCAAACUUACUGUUAGUAAGAAAUUACAAUAUGGGAGAUAUGGUAAUGUCAUUCAUUUUUCAGGUACAAACAAGCAAUUGGAAGCAGCAAUCGAAGUGCUAGGUAAGAAGCCUUUCCGGGAACAAAGAAAGACUUCUGCUAUUUAUAAACCAGAUAAUUGGAUUAAAGUGCAAUCGUUGAUCAUUGAAUUUGAAUCCAACAUUCGUCAACAAGAGGUUUUAAUUCUUAAUGAAUUGAAGGAACAAAUACUUUCCGAGGCAGAUAACAUUCGAUCCAUUAACAAAAUGGCUGAUUUUCUUGACGUUACUUCAUCCUUUGGAUAUUUGGCCCAUGAAUGUAACUUGGUAAGGCCUAAAUUUGUGAAUGACAAUGUGAUUAGCAUUCAAGGUGGAAGGCAUUUAGUUGUUGAAAGUGGCUUAAGAAUUUCUGGUGAUACCUUUGUAUCUAAUGAUAUUCAUAUAGGAACUACUAAAAAGGAUAAGACUAUUAAUACUUGGGUAAUUACAGGACCAAACAUGGGAGGAAAAAGUACUUUUUUACGUCAGAAUGCUUUAAUCGUUAUAUUGGCACAAAUGGGGUGUUUUGUUCCAGCUAAAUCGAUUACUUUAGGAAUUGUUGAUAAGAUAUUCACAAGAAUUGGAGCAUCCGAUGAUUUGUACAGUGAUUUAAGUACAUUUAUGGUUGAAAUGGUUGAAACUAGCAAUAUUUUAAAGCAUUCCACUCAAAGAUCAUUAGCUAUUGUUGAUGAGAUUGGAAGAGGUACAAGUGGCAAGGAAGGCUUAGCAAUCGCCUAUGCCACACUUUUAUCUUUAGUGCAAGAGAAUAAGUGUAACACAUUAUUCGCUACCCAUUUUGGUAAUGAAAUUGAGUCCAUGUUGAAAGCAGAUAAUGUCAACGUGGAUCAUAUUCGUUUCUAUAGAACCAAAGUGGUAGAAAGUGUUACUGAUGGGAAGAUUGAUAUUUUUAUUGAUCAUAAGUUAGAACCGGGAAUUAGCAAGAAAUCAUUUGCAAUUGAAGUUGCUAAAAUGGCCGGGUUUCCUGAAUCAACUUUGAACCAUGCCAGACGAGCAUUGGAAUUAUUAGCAUAA